AUGGGUGCCAUCUUCAGCCGCCAGCCGCGCAAGAUCACGGCAAAGAACGCCACCAAAGAUGUUUAUUACGACAUCGUGUACACUUACCUCUCCGAUCCAGGAGAGACGGAUAUUUUCAAGCUGGACUGGGAGGCUCAAGUCUUGCAAAACGGCCUCAUCGUCUUGGAAGACAAUGUUAAACCCCAAUCCGGCUGUAUCACAUUCCGCAAGCGUCCCUAUUAUCUUCGCAAAAGAGGCUGGGUACAUGCCCGCCGGUACGUCUUGUCUGGCAAGUCGUGUGGCGGAUCGGCGGCGCGUCUUGCGGUUGGGGCGCGCGACCUCGUUCCGCUUGUGAGCUUUCGCAUCACCGAUCUUGUUGGCCAUGCGAAUCAUGGUUGGGCUAUGGAUAAGGAAGGAUCAUUGGUGUGUGCAUGCAAGGCUCCCGAUAAGACGAAUUUCCUCACGUGGAAUACGAAUCACGGCUCUGAGCCAUGGCGGCCUAUGCUGUUCACUAUCGUCUCGCAGAAGACAGAGGUCUCGGCGUCGGGGGAUAACGUGAAGGAAAAUGCUGGUGGUGUCGAGGGGCAGGUGGCUGCGCCUGGUGGAAAGAGGAAGAAGGGCUAG